CCUACCCCUACUUUUUACCCUUUCCCCUUCAAAAUUUCUCCCCCCUGCUUUACGUAAUUACGUGAGAGGUUCACGGUCCAAAGACCUGAUGGAUUCGGAGUCGAUAAAGAGAUUGCUGGAGGGAGAAGGGGAGGAACAUGAAUCUCCCGCGGUGGUAGAUUCCAUGCCCUCAAGAUUUAUUGAGCCAUUGAUCUCCCAUGGAUUGAAGAUCCAGAUUGUCCAGCCCGAUCGCCUCCUCUGCUCAUUCAAAGUCCCCCCACGCAUUGUGGAGCAUUCCAACGGUUCAUUGCACGACGGAGUGAUUGCGGCGCUGGUGGACGUUAUCGGUGCGGCGGCCGUGUUCGUCGGUGGUGCUCCGGCGACCGGCGUCUCCGUUGAUAUCAAUGUGUCCUAUGUCGGUGCUGCUUAUGCUGGUGACGAAAUUGAGAUAGAUGCAAAGGUAUUAGGCAUAAAGAAUGCAAUCGCUGUAGUGAGUGUUGAAUUAAGGAACACUAAGACAGGAAAGGUUAUCGCACAAGGGCGCCACUCCAAAUACUGGGGUUUUCAACAACUUAAAAGUAAGAUUUGAAGCUAUCAGCACCAUUUAUGGAUCAAUGCAUCGACCUCUGUGCAGAAGUUAUCUGAGGACCACCAGUUCAUUUUUAUGACAUAUAAUACCUUGUUUUGGCUUUGCUUGGUUACCAUGUAUCAUGUAUGAGCCAUUAGUUGGUUGUAUUGGUUUAUGCCAAUUACUGUGUGAUAAUUACAAUUAUUAUAGUUAUAAUUACAUGCACUUAUAUGAUUUCAUCAUGUAUUGGAGCAUACAAACGGCUCUAUGUCUAUCUUUAACGCUCGCUAUAGGAUCAAUAAUAGUUGUCUGGAGGUUGUCUUGCAUGUU